AUGGCAGAACGAUCAAAUAUACCACGCGCCACUGGAAUUGCAGAUGGACAAGCUCCUACACAUAACUAUAUUCCAAAUCAAGGCUACGAAACUCCCACAUCAGGACACGAUGCACCAACUCAAACCGACUCAUCUGCGGCCGGACUUACAGAAUACGCUGCCGACAAUGAAGACGACACAUACGAGGAUCUCUUCGACGACGAAGAGGAAGAAUAUUUCGAAGAUGUGGAAUACGGUGGCAAUUCUGGCGAUUUAACGAAAUCAUAUAAUCGACAGCGAAAAAUGAAUGAUCAGAGCGCCACCAGUGCCCCGCGAAUAAACCCACAGAGACCAGCUGCAAACACACAGUCGAGUGUGGAUGAUCAGAUCUCGAGUUUGGCGAAACAUGCGGCGAAGAUUCGACUUGAUGGGGGAGAGAGGCAGAAGACGCAUGGGAAGGAUAAAAGUGAUCGUGCUACAUCCGAGCAGGUUUUGGAUCCGAGGACGAGGAUGAUACUAUUGCAGAUGAUUAAUCGCGGGGUGGUGUCGGAGGUUAAUGGGUGUCUGAGUACGGGAAAGGAAGCGAAUGUUUAUGGUGCCUUGACGAUUCCGACGGGAGAUGAGGAGGCGAAUCCUGUGCAUCGUGCGAUCAAGGUGUAUAAGACUAGUAUUCUGGUGUUUAAGGAUCGGGAUAAAUAUGUCACGGGAGAGCAUAGGUUUAGAGGGGGGUAUAAUAAGGGGAAUAACCGUGCUAUGGUUAAGGUGUGGGCUGAGAAGGAGUUUCGAAAUUUGAAACGGUUGUAUCUGGCUGGUAUUCCAUGUCCGGAACCGGUGUAUCUUCGACUACAUGUUCUGGUUAUGGGUUUCCUAGGCGACAAGAAAGGAUGGGCAGCCCCUCGAUUACGAGACGUGGAAUUGGUAGGAGAAGAUUUGGAAGAGCAAUGGCGGGUACUUUACCUCCAACUCCUCGGUCUCAUGCGAAGGAUGUACCAAGCCUGCAAACUCGUCCACGCAGAUCUCAGCGAAUACAACAUCCUCUACCACCAAAAGAAGCUCUUCAUCAUCGACGUCUCUCAAUCCGUCGAGCACGACCACCCACGCUCCCUCGAAUUCCUACGCAUGGACAUAAAAAACAUCUCUGAUUUCUUCCGUCGCAAAGCCGUUGAUGUAUUACCAGAACAAACGAUAUUCAGCUUCAUCACCUCAUACGACUCCCCCACCACCGACCCCGCCAUGACCGACCACCUCGAACAACUCUUCGCCGAUCGCCCGGAGGUCGAGGACACCGAGCAAGCGGUCGCGGACAACGAAGUCGAUACUCAGGUCUUCAGACAGCAGUAUAUGCCGCAGACGCUCGAUCAGGUGUAUGAUAUCGAGCGCGACGCCGAGAAGAUUGGGAAGGGCCAGAGGGAGGAUCUGGUGUAUCGCAAUCUGUUGGCGGAUAAGGUGCCGAUGAGUGGGAAUGAGGCGGAUGCCGAGGAUACGAUUGGCGAGGAGGAGGGGAGUGAGGGGGAAAGUGGAAGUGGGAGUGAGGGGGGGAGUGAGGAUGAUGAGAGUCGGUUUGAGAAAGGGACGCCGAGGGGGAAGAGGUUUCAGGAUCGGGAUGUUAAGAAGGAACAUAAAAAAGCGGUUAAAGAGGAGAAACGCGAGAAGAGGAAGGAGAAGAUGCCAAAACAUCUCAAGAAGAGACUUGUUAGUUCUUCGGCGAAGCAUAAGCAUUAG